AUGACUCCCAAGGCCCCAGCGAAGAUAAGAGUACGGCAGCUGCAUCUCGUUCGAACUGACGAUGCCAUCAGAGAAAUAGUCGUGGUAGUCGCCAAGGAUAUAUACGCCAAGAUCAGACACCGUCCAGCUGUGGCGACCCGACCGGGCUUGAAAUUCGCCGACUACUGGAUGCUGGCCAUUCGCGUAUCCGUCAUCGGAAUUGUAGUAACCGGGAUCUCGCUCGGAGCGAUGCGCACAUACAUCUCCAUAGGCCUGACCCGUGUGUUCGGUGAAGAAGUGGAUGCGGAUCUGAAGCUAGCCUUUCUUGGUUUCUUUAACAAGAGCCUCGAUGUCCUCUUGGACCGAACGACAAUGAGGAUCGAGCAUCCUAAAGUAUCACUCCUCGGCGUGGACUGGCUAAACAUCCUCGGUGUCGGCCAAUCCAAUAUUGGAGGGGAAGGCUACCCACCAUGGGACUGGGCGCUCGGCAUGUCCGCUUCUCUCGCGUUCGCCGGCUUAACGCAUGUUGUGUCCACGGUAAAGGAAUCGCAGAAAGGCUGGAGACAUGUAUACAAUUACCGGCUGGACGGAGAUCCAUGGAAGCGCUGGACUGCACUCAAUACCGAUUUCGGCCUAUCAAAUGGGUCAGUCGAGACGGCCUCCGCAGACGAUGGGCAAGUAACCAGUGUCUACAACUGGCUCAAGGACGCGGACCAUCAGCCAACAUCUUCAUCGAUCGGUUGGACCGGUAACUUGACGCUCGUACUACCGGUGCUGAACACUGUCUGCACGCCAAUGGAGUCAUUGAACCCGGAGGCAUCAAUCCUUGUCCGGCCGCCAGCUAGAAACGAAUCGUCGGAAGCGGUGAUCAUGACCGAUUUUGGGCCAGUCCCAUCCCUAGGCUUUGCCGGUGCCACUUGUUCCAGCUUGUUCCGACAUGGAUUAUACGCAGUCAAUGUGUGGAUCGUGGAUAGGGAAAGUCCCGACCUUAGCUUUAACCAUUACGGCGCUGAAUUGAACCAGAAGAUCGUUUACGACCGCGCAACUGCAAGCGACUUUGAUGUUGCCAAUGGAGUAGGUAUGCAGGCACGGGACGUCAUGCCGAGGCUUGAGCUAUUGGUUCCAUCGACUAGAUUACUGCCGCAAUUCUUAUUGAUGAGUCGCAACCUACAGGCAAUCGAUCCACUUGUGAACUCCGACGCCAUGGGCCUGUCGAUCGUUAUGGGGAUCCUAUUCCAGAACAUCCUCAGCAUGAGUAAUAAGUACUGGUCUCCUCUUCCGUCGUCUCUGCCUUCCAAAUCGGAAGAUAAGAUUGUAUCCUAUCCCAUUCAAUGGCAACUGUACGGGUCUAGUCCGCGUCUGAGCUGGGAGUGGGUAGCCGUUGCCGUCCUCGCGAUCGUGCUAUCGUCGUCCGUGGGUACAGCUUGA